AUGUCUUCCUUAAAUCUCCAUACUUCUAUCCAGAAGCCAAACUCGCUGAGACCUGAACGGUCGGUAAACCUCAGGAAAAAUCACCAUUUCCCGAGUCAACCGCGACCCAUCUCUCAAGAAACAACCUACACAGAUCACACCUCUAGACGAGGAUCCCUCGAAUCAAAUCCACCACAUCUAUCUCCUGGUGAGAGGCCACAAAUAAUGAUCGCAACGCCUCCGAAUCUCGGACCACAAGUGCCAACACCACCACCAAGUCCCCCACUUCUUGAGAGAAAAAGUGGAUUCAAGAAGUGGAUUUGUUUUGUUGCCGUGGGAGCUGCGAGUCUGAUGGUUAUUUUGAUGCUCAUUACCAUUGUGCUGCUUGUUGCAUUCGGCACGAAGAAACAUUCUUCUACGAUAUAUGUCCAAGCGACAGUUCCGGUAUCAAACGGAACAGAAACAACCCUUUCAGUCGUUCCGGCACCGAGACUUGGCAAAAGAGGAGGCUGGAUGUCGACCAAAAAAACAACGACACAUAAACUGGCAGAUAUCGUCAUUCCUGAUCAACAUACACUUGUACCAAUAUCGAUAUUAAUGGUAAGUGAUGGCGUUACUAUAAUGGCGACGUCAGAAAUAGCUACGAGGGAGGCAGACUCUAUGGUAACAGGAAAAGACGGUGAUAUCACGACCUCCACCACAAAUAUGCGCAGCACAGAAGCUGCUGCUUCAACUCUUCUCAUGUCCCCUGCUUCUGUUGUUACACAAACCGUCACAGCUGCACCUAAACCAGAACCUACAGCUGCUCAAACUAGCCAACUUUCCACCACGGACCCACCACCAGCUUUGAUAACUGUGAAACUGCAGUUCACGAUCAAGGAGUCCAGAGAAGGACAGUCGGCAGGAAAACCAGCACUCAUGAAUAUCUUGUCUACGGCUCUUAUGGCGGGAAUUAUCACAGUGUGCCAAAGACUUUUUUGA